UAUUACUAAUAGUUAAUGGUUAGUGGCUGCCACCGCUGCCAACUCAUCGAAAUGUUGACGGAUCUUCGCAACUGCGAAAUUUAUCGAUAGUAGAUUGGAGAAUCCUUUUUAAGGACGAUUGUGCGUCAACGAUCAGAACAAUCAGGAUGAAUUGCGCUCACGUAAGCGCUGUCCUGGCGAUCUUUUUGAUCGCUCAGGCUCACGGUAUCAUGUUUUACUUGGAACCGAACAGCCAUAAGUGUUUGAAGGAAGAGGUGCAUGCGAAUGUGCUCGUGACGGGCGAGUAUGAAGUAUCCGAGGCAAUAGGUCAGAAAACAGAUUACGUUAUCCAAGAUUCUAAAGGACACAUAUUGUCCCAGAAGGAGGAUAUCCCUCAUGGAAAAUUGUUAAAAUUUUCCUUUGUGACUGAAACUUAUGACACUUUCGAAAUAUGCUUCAUCUCGUAUAUUCCUAGCCAUCAGCGUGGUGUCAGACAAGAAGUCACAUUAAUCACGAAACGCGGCAUUGAAGCUAAGAAUUAUGAAGGCUUGAUCGGUGAAGCGGCAAAAUUGAAACCUGUCGAAGUGGAAUUGAAACGAUUGGAGGAUUUGUCCGAAGCGAUAGUGCAAGAUUUCGCCAGAAUGCGGAGAAAUGAGGAAGAAAUGAGAGAUACAAAUGAGGCUACAAAUACCCGAGUAUUGUACUUCAGUCUAUUCUCGAUAUGCGUCCUCUUUGGGUUAUCUACCUGGCAACUUUUCUACUUCCGUCGUUUCUUUAGGAUGAAGAAACUCAUAGAAUAAAUGGAUUUUCGAUCGCUAACAAAUAUAUUUAUUCCAUGAACUUCGUUUUUUGUUAUCUCCCAAACUUCAGAUUCAAAUUACAAAACUUUAAUCUCGAUAUUACCAAAAAGUUUAAAUAUGCAGAACAAUGCAUUAUAAUUACAUAUUAUCAUACACGAGCCAAUGCUAUUUUUUUAAUUAAUGUAAAAUAUAUUAAAUGCUCAUUAUUUUGUCACCGUUUACAUGCAUCACGUUCAAGAAAACAUUAUAAAAUUUCUUAAAUAAAAUAUAUUGAUACGAUAUAUCA